UAACUUGGACAUUACAAAGAGAAAUCUAAUUUAUUCAUCAACUUUUAAUUUUAAAACAUCACUCAAUACAUUUUGUCAUAAUGGAUCAUAAUAGUGAAUGUAAUCAUGCAAACUGUUCUAUCAAAAAUGCCAAUAAUUCUGUUUGUCAGACUGUUUCUGAAAUGGAUUGGGAACGAGGAUUAUGGAAUGCAGCUUUUAGUGGGGAUGAAGAGAAAGUUUAUAUGUUAAUAAGUAAAGCGAGGGAUGCCAGAGAAAUUGUUAAUACAGUGGACAAUGCUGGCUACAGUCCACUUCACUAUGCAGCCCGUGGUGGACAUGUCAAUAUUUGUGACAUUCUGUUAAAACAUGGUGCAAUCAUAGAUGCAGAAACCCGUAGUGGUAAGGCAACACCACUACAUAAAGCUGCAGCAGCAGGAAAGUUAACAACAGUUAAAUUUCUAAUAAAAAAUGGAGCUUGUGUUGACAAACAAGAUAUUGAUGGACAGACAGCACUUCAUAAAGCUAUUCAGAACAAAAGAUAUGACUUGAUUAAAACACUAACUGAUGCUUGCCCUCAUAUAACUAACAUACGAGAUAAUAAAGGUAAUUUACCAAAUGAUCCCUCUUUAGGUUAAAACACUUACAUGUGUUAUUGUUAGAAAAACUAACAAUAAGAAGAGUAAUAUAUACGAUUUUCAGUCAUGCAUUCAUUCAACUAAAUAUGCCUGACAUUUCAUACUAUUAAUGCCAUAAUCUUCCAGAAACAUUUAAAAAAUUCAUCUUGAGACCCUUCAAUAUUUCC